GUGCUCUUCAGGAAAAUGCCGAGGAACCUAACCACCCGUCUCCAGCGGCGGUUCACUGUGGCCCACCCACCUUGUUUCUACAUUGGAAAUGGCUUUCCCCCUGUUCAGAACCCGCUCAACCCUCAGACCAACUUGGGCUUGGGCCUUGUACUCCAAGGAAGCAGCUUUCAUGUCCAGCGCCGCGAGUCUUUCCUUUACCGCUCCGACAGUGAUUACGAUCUCUCACCCAAAGCCAUGUCGCGGAAUUCAUCUGUGGCCAGCGACAUGCACGGAGAAGACCUGAUCGUCACACCUUUUGCACAGCUCCUGGCCAGCCUCCGGACAGUGCGCGGCAACAUUGCCAGCUUGAUGCCUCUGCAGCAGGAGCACCUCGGGAGCAAGAGGACCACGAGCGCCAGUAGCGCUGCAGCUGCACCCAAAGCCAGCUUCUCGGGUAAGACCCUCCGCCUUCCGGAUGGCUCUGGGGCGUGUCCCCUCCGCCACCCCACGAGGGGGCCACCACCAUCCCUACGCCAUCCCUGCGGUGCGUUGCCCCUGGGAACCGCGCUUCAGCUCCUCUGGAAGAAGCGGGUUGCAGAAAGCAUGUUUGUUGGCUCUUUGUCCACUUUAAGUAAUAAAAUGAUGGAGGUUUUGAAAAACAAGCGCCUACUCUACUCUGAACAAGACACCUCCCAAAAGCUGGCCAGCGAGACGCUGGAGGAACUUGACUGGUGCCUGGACCAGCUGGAAACGCUGCAGACCAGCAACUCGGUCAGCGAGAUGGCCUCCAACAAGUUCAAAAAGAUGCUCAACCGAGAACUGACGCACCUCUCGGGAACAAGCCGCUCUGGAAAUCAAGUGUCUGAGUUUAUCUCCAACACUUUUCUGGACAAGCAGCAAGAGGUGGAAAUCCCAUCCUCUGCCCCUAAGAAGAAAGCGAAGGCGAAAAAGAAGCACCUCAUGUCCCGGAUCAGCGGCAUCAAGAAGGUGUCGCACAGCCACGCCAUCACCCGCCUCUCCAUCCCUCGCUUUGGGGUCAAGACAGACCAGGAGGGGCUGCUAGCCAAGGAACUGAAAAAUUUGAACCGCUGGGGUAUGGACAUAUUCAGGGUCGCGGAGCACUCCGGACAACGUCCUCUGACUGUCCUUAUGUACGUCAUCUUCCAGGAAAGGGACCUGCUGAAAAUUUUCCACAUUCCUGCGGACACUUUCAUCACCUUCCUGAUGACGCUGGAGGACCACUACCACCGCGAAGUUGCCUACCACAACAACCUCCACGCGGCUGAUGUGGUACAGUCCACCCACGCCCUGCUCGCCAUGCCAGCUCUGGAUGCCAUCUUCAGCGACCUGGAGAUCUUGGCCGUCAUCUUUGCGGCUGCCAUCCAUGAUGUUGACCACCCCGGCGUCUCCAACCAGUUCCUGAUCAACACCAAUUCUGAGCUGGCCCUGAUGUACAACGACAUAUCAGUGUUGGAGAAUCACCACUUGGCCGUGGGCUUCAAGCUCCUGCAGGAGGAGAACUGCAACAUCUUCCAGAACUUCUCCAAUAAGGAGCGCCUGUCCGUCCGCAAGAUGGUGAUCGACAUGGUCCUGGCCACAGAUAUGUCCAAACACAUGAACCUCCUGGCUGAUCUGAAGACCAUGGUGGAGACCAAGAAGGUCACCAACUUGGGUGUCCUGCUUUUGGACAACUACUCAGACCGCAUCCAGGUCUUGCAGAACGUUUUGCACUGUGCCGACCUGAGCAACCCGACCAAACCACUGCCGCUGUACCGCAAGUGGACAGAGCUCAUCAUGAAGGAGUUCUUUGGGCAGGGAGACAUUGAGCGGGAGAGAGGAAUGGAAAUCAGCCCCAUGUGCGACAAGCACACCGCCUCCAUUGAGAAAUCCCAGGUUGGGUUCAUCGACUAUGUAGCCCAUCCACUCUGGGAGACCUGGGCUGAUUUAGUGCAUCCAGAUGCUCAGGAAAUCCUGGAUAAUCUUGAAGACAACCGGCAAUGGUACAAAAGCAUGAUCCCACGCAGCCCUCCAGCCCCCGCUGAUGAGCUGGAGUCUGAGACAGGUGGGGCAGCCUCCAAGAAGUUCCCUUUCCAGGCCACCCUGGAGGAGGAGGGAGAAGAAGCAGAGGCCAAGCCAGAGAAGGUGAUCCUGCCAGAGGAGACCAGUGAGUCCGACACCUUGGACACCACCACCGACACCUCCGAAUCAGCAAAUGAGCCUCUGACCUCCCCCGCGGGCACAGUGGGCAGCCCUCCUCAGAACACCCCCCUCGACCAGGCAGGGGUGUCGAAGGUCAAGAACCGCAGCCUGGCAGCCCAGCCCCCUGAGCCAGCGGGGGCGGGCACUGCAGCACAGGGCGCAACCCCUCUCGAUGGGGAAGGAGAUGCCACCUGUGUGCCCCUGCGCCCAUAG